UAAGGUGAAUCAUGUUAUAUUAAACCACACGACUUGAGAACUACUUUGAUAGCAGUUGAAAUUGGAAGAGAAAAUAAAAACCUUGAGAGAACUACACAAAUCAAAAUACAUAAAAAACUGGAAUCCUUGAAAUAGCAAUAAUGUAUUUGGUAUUAAUUAUAUAUAUAUACAAAUAUAUACCGCAGUAAAUACUGGCACAGGUAAAUCAUACCAAUUUUAUAUUCUGUGAAAAUUAAUGUAGAAGUCACACCGCAUAUUCAAACGCAUAUUUUCAUUCGUCAUUAACAUUAUUGUGUUUAGUGUUACAUUAACGGGCAUAAAUUAUGGUAUUAAAUUGUCAUAUCUUUUGCGUCCAUUGAAUACUUAUGUAACUCAAAUAGUACCAACAAUAUCUACAUAACCAAAACAUUCAACAACGACGAGUGGGUUUGUUGAGCACUUGGUCGAAUCGCAAAUAUUGACCGCGAAUGUUUAUUUUAUCAUGAGGUUCCAAACUGUUGCCACAUAAAUGGCCACUCAUGUUAUAUGGUAUUUAGUAAAUGAUCUACAGUACUUUAUCUAAAGAUAUAAUUUGGCCACAAAUAACACUGGUCAUUUUCAUAACAGUUUUGCGUUCAAACGCAUUCGCUAAAUUGAAGGAUUGCGCUUGCUUUACUCUUCAAUCAAAAAAGAAUCUGAUGUCAGUUGGAAAUGUAAUGCAAUAGAACGGUUUGCGCAAUAGGUUAUCAGAUAUUGAAAUUUGUAUUUGAAACUGAAUUAAGUAAUUGGUAAUAGGUUUUUAUAACUACUACAAUACCUACAAUAUGAUGGUCAAUACUUUAAUGUUUCUGUCUCGUAGUUUGUAGCAUUUUAGAAUAAACCUAAAUUACAAUCAUGGGUUGGCAUUUGAUGGAAAAAUUGAUUGAACAGAGUGGAGAACAUUCAACACUAAUUGGAAAAUUUUGGGUGACGUCAGUCUUCAUUUUGAGGUUGCUUAUAGCAACUGCAAUAGCAGAUGAUGUAUGGAAAGAUGGUCAAGAUGACUUUGUUUGCAACACUUUGUCUCCUGGUUGUCUUAAUGUCUGCUACAACGAAUUCAGUCCCGUUGUUGUGAGUCGUUACUGGAUGCUGCAGAUACUUUUCACCACUCUUCCUUCAAUGAUCUUCAUUGUCUACACAGCUCAUAAAUUGGAUCAUCUUCAAAAAGUCAUAAAAGCUAGAAAAGCAAAGGCCUCGGCUUUAAAAAAAUUGAAAAAGAAAAGAAUUGCGGAAGGAAUAGAAGCAAGAGAAAACAACCUAAAUAUCGAAGACGACGACGAUGAUGAUGACGACAAGGAUGAAGAAAUCGUCGCGACAAAACUCUCCGUAAAUGCACCAUCAAAAUUGUUUCUUGCUUACUUCUUCGUGGUCUUGUCUCGCACCAUAGUUGAAAUUGGUUUUACUAUUGGCCAGUAUUAUCUUUAUACUUUCAAAUUCAUGGUACCCGAGUUGUGGCAGUGUCAACAUUGGCCUUGUCCAAACGUCGUUGAUUGCUUUGUUGGGAGACCAAAAGAGAAAUCAGUUCUCAUUUGCGUAUUUUUCGGAACCGGUUGCAUCAUGGUCAUGCUGAACUUGUUGGAACUUUAUCACAUAUCAGGGAAUUUCUCAAAAGCAUGGAAAGAGAGGGAUGAUGAUAUUACCAAACACGCUGACCAAGGGCCCAGUUUCGGUGGUAUUGAUGAUUACGACUACAACGAGUGGGCUCCCGGUGCUGACUACAUGGAAGAUGAAAUAGAGGGAUAUCCUAAUGCAUCGGGUUUACCGAAUAUUCGGCCUUUGCCAUACGGUAGAAGGUUCCGACGAGGAAGGCGCUACCGUUGAAAUUUCUGUACAUUUAUAUUUAUAGCAUAUAUAUGUACUGCAGUAACAACAUGUUCUAGCAACCCCAAAUAUAGAUUUGUUUGAUACCUUU